AUGGGUAUGGUGCCGAUGCUGUGGAAAUACCACGAUUUUCGAUUUAGGACCACACUAAAUCGCAGCAAUUCCAUCGUCACCUCUGUUUACACCAUACACAACCUGUCCGUUUACGGCUUAUCAUUCGCUGACAGCUCAGCAGAGAAACUGGAAUCACUCCGCGACCGACGCGCCCAGCCAGCGGCGGCGGCGACUAAUACACCUAAGCGGGCUCCUUCGUCCAAGACUCAACCCCAGACGGCAAAACAGGAUCACAUUCGAACGAGGCCUGUCUGCCAAUCUCCACAGCAGGGGGAUACCGCACGAAUGAUUAGUCUGGUCAUCCACACGAUCCAAUAUUCGUACCAGAGGAAUGCUGCUAUUCCUGGAGAACUGCAUGUCUGCGCAUCGUCGACUCCCAAUGUCAUCACCACUUGGUUGAUUGAGCUCUGCUCGCCAGUCGUCCCAUGGCCCGAGACAAAAGACGGAACACGCAAGACUAGACUAGCAAGGAGGCACACGCCCCCUCCAUCUCCAGUCUGCAUGACCUGUUGCUUAUCCUUCUAUCUCUUCCUCUAUGCCAAUGGUCGUGAAGCCAACGAGGAUUUCGGUCACAAGGCGCCUUGA